AUGAGGCUUGCGAUCGUUGGAGGGGGUGCUCUCGCGGCGAGGCUCGCCAUGUCAGCCAAGGAGUCUUCCGUCUGCAGCGCUGUGCUGAUGCUGGUUCAGAGCAGCAACUCUGCAUUGAGCAGAGCUGCCGACGUCGUGACGGCAGGGGACUCCACGAGCCCGAGCGCGAUCCUCGAGUUCUGCCAGGCCAACAAGGCGGACAUCGCCGUUGUGCUGCCCUGGAAGGCGCUUGCUGGAGGAGCCGUCGAGCUGCUGGAGUCCUCCGGGAUCCGGGCCCUGGCGCCGAAGAAGAGAGUGGCUGAGCUCGAAGACGAUCGCUCGCUCGCCAAGAGAGCUCUGCCGUCCGACAUCCCCAAGUUCGCUACCUUCUCCUCCAGUGACGGCCUCGAGGCAUUCAUCGACAGCCUUGGCGGCAGGUGCGCUGUCAAGCCAGUCAUCAAGUCCAGCGGGAAGGAGGAGAGAGUCUGCGCGUCUAGGAGCGAGUGCCUGGACUACUGCCGAGCUCUGCUGGGGGAGGGUCAGGCGGUUCUGGUGGAGCAGCUGGUGGAGGGGCAGGAGUUUUCUCUCCUCACCCUCAGCGACGGGGAAAGUUGCUUGCACGUUCCUCCUGUUCAGGUGUACAGGAGGUGCUACGUUGGCGACUCAGGCCCUAUGGUGUCCGGGGUGGGGUGUGUGGGAGGGGAGAACCUGUCGCUGCCGUUUCUGGAGCCCCGGGAUCUUGAGGAGGCGAAGAGAAAGAACGAGGAGGCGCUGAAGGCGAUCCGGGAGAUGACAGGGGAGGCUUACAAGGGCCCUCUAUGCAUCACCUACGUCGCGAACGUGAAUCGAGUCUGCGCGAUUGACCUGCACGCAAACUUCGGUAUGUUCGAGACCGUCGCCAUGUUGUCAAGGUCCAAGUUCGACAUUGCUGCGCUCUUCUCUUCUCUGCUGGACGGCAAACUUUCCAGCUUCAAGGCGGAGUUCGAGGCCUCGGCCGUAGUCGUGAAGUGCAUCUUUCCUUUCGGCCUCCUGCUUGACAACGUGCGAGAAGAUAGCGGGAAGCUUCUGGGCACAGGAUCGUGCGCGGCUGUGCUGGUUGGCACAGGUUCCUCCAUCCCUUCAGCUGAGAAGGAGUGCGAAGCAGCGGUGAGGAGGAUUCCCGGCUCUGUCUUCCACCGUCCGGAUGUUGGCACGUCGAGCUCGAUCGCGAUGAGGACUGAGAGCCAGCGGAAGUUAAGGCAGAUCAAGAUCGGAGUGGCGAAGAACCGCUGA